AACACCAAGCUCUAUGAUACCCGUCACAAUAUCGUCAGGUACAGACGUAUUUCAUGAUGUUGAUUUAGAAAAAUCUAUAGCAAAUGUAGAACAGAUAGUAGCGGCAGCAAAACAAUCCUACGUAAAAGGCGCUAUACCCUUAGAUGAAACUGACAAAUUGUACGAUGAAAUGGUAAAGAAAAUACACGAUAUUGUAGUAAUGAUGAAGAAUCCUAACAAUGCUUAUAAAUUCUUGAAAGGAAAAGGUAUAGACAGAAUAAUUAUUUUAAAUAUGGACGUGCCACAUGAAAAAUUAAGAACUCAACUUUUGGUAUUAUUAAAUACACUUUUCGACAUUGCUCCAACAACUGCUAACGCUGUAAUACCAAUAAAUGUUGUAGACAAAUUAUUAGAUAUUUUCGAGAAUGAAGACAAUUUGGCACUAAAAGCGCACGCAUUAGACAUACUUUAUGUAUGGUUACCAGAGAAUCCUAAAGUUCAGGCUAGAGUAAUGAAAUUAAAAGGCCUAGAGCCAUUUUAUCACCAAAUUUCCAAGCUAGACACCAAUGUCGUCCACACUCUGUUAGAUCUCUUCAACAAAAUCGUUAAAGAGCAUUUGGAGAUUCGUAGUAAUAUUCGACCAACAAGUAAAACCGAUUCAGACAAAUUGAUUCUAUAUCAGAGAAUUGGUUUGAUUGAACGUUUGUCCACAACGCCUGUUUGUAACGGUCUGCUGAAUAUAUUUCAGACUACGUGGUCUUAUUCAACUAAAGAUAAUGAUAUUAUUGUACCGAUUCUAAACAUAAUGACUAAGGUAAAACUGUUUUGUUUGAAGAAUUUUCAAGGCAAUCCAAAAGCAUUAGAAUUAUUUAAUACUUUACUGAAAUUUGUAACAGAUGAUAAAACAAAGGAAUAUUUAGAGAGUUUUAAAUUGAACGCGAGUGAAAUUGAAACGACUUUGGUGGAGUAUGUUAAUUCUUUAAAACAAGUAAACGAUGAGUUGUAAUUAUUAUAUU